CUGUAACUGUCAGUGUCCUGUGUCACUCCAUCAAUAUAACUAUAUUUGUUAGCGAUAUCUUAGUGCACCGAUCAUUAGUGUUUAUAGGUUAUCCAAAAUUUACUUACUUGAUAUUGCCAUUAGUUUUAUAAACCAAAACAUAAUUAAUUAAACCGUGAACAGUAUUAGUUAAAUAAUACUUCUAUUCGAAUCGACCUUACUCUAAUCGUUUAAUCUAUCCAAAAAAAAUUUGUACGUCGAGGGUUGUGUCAAUACAUGAACAAUUUAUCAUAAUGGCAUGUCAAAAUUGGGGAUUUUGUGAUUUAUCUGUUAACAAAUCUUAUGACCUUACAAAAUUAAGUGUGAUAGAGAAACUGGGAUUUAACACAAUAGCAAUAAAUACACUUGUGGAAGAAACUGGUGAUGAACCCAAGAAAAAGAAAAAAAAAGGGGACAUGAAAGAAAAGAAAGAUUCUAUACCUUCCCCCAUCGAAAUUCCAAAAGAAGUACAAGCUAACACAAAAUUAAACAUUCUUCAAAGAUUAACAAUAGAAUUUUCAGAUUCUAGUAUAGCACACAAAAUGAAUCAAUCUGAAAAUUUAAAAAAAUAUGACAUUAUUGCUGUGAUACCUAAAACAUUACAAGCUUUUCAGUAUGCAUGUGGAACUAUGGAUAUUGAUGUUAUAACUUUCGAACCAGAGUGUAGAAUUCCUUUCAAAAUGAGCCGUAAAUUGUACAGACAGGCUAUAGAAAGAGGCAUUUUCUUUGAACUCAUGUACUCACCAGCAAUCAGGGAUUCAACAUCCAGGAAGAAUAUAAUAAGCACUGCCCAUAUGUAUCAUGCUAUUGGAAAAUCAAAAAACAUAAUUUUAUCUAGUGGUGCUGAACAGCCUAUUCAUAUUCGAGAUGUGCAUGAUGUAAUUAAUCUAGGAUUUAUUUUGGGUCUUAAUAGUAAUGAAAGCCUAGAAGCAGUAAGGAAUAAUGCUAGAAGGUUAAUCCUGAAAUCGAUAGGGAGACAAUGUGGUAAACACUUUAUUAUAAUAACAAAAGAUAGUGACAAUAAAAUAUCUGAAUCAUAA